GACGCAGACGUAGGCGCGAGCGCAGCGGCCCCAUUGGUCGAGCGCGGCGGGAAGCUGGGAAGCUGGCGCAGGCGCAGGCGCUGGCCGCGUGCGGACACUGAGGCUGCGAGAGGACGCGGAGGCCGGGGCGGCGGGGCCAUGUUGCGUCUCGCGGCUAAGCUGGUGGCCUUUUUCUGGAGGAGACAGGACGUCCCUGAGAACGAGGCCGGGCCGCCAGGCCCCGAGCUCACGGAAGGUGAUGUCAAGUUGAGAACCGUGCAGGGCGUCGUGACCAGGUACUGCAGUGACUAUGGUAUGAUUGAUGAUUUGAUCUACUUCUCCCACGAGGCGGUGACCAGCAGAGUGCUUCUGAACGUUGGGCAGGAAGUGAUGGCCGUGGUAGAAGAGAACAAGGUGUCAAAUGGGCUGAAAGCAGUCAGGGUGGAAGCUGUCUCUGAUAAAUGGGAAGACGACAGCAAGAACUCCGGCCGAGGGCUGUCAGACCCCAGCCCGCGCGUGCUGAUCGGCUGCGUGACUUCCCUGAUGGGAGGCACUGGUUACAUCAACCAGACCACGCGCUUCUCUCUGGAGAGUGUGUGUGAAGGUUUCCAGCCCUGCAAGGGAGACUGGGUGGAGGCGGAGUACUGGAUCCGGCCAGGCACCUGGAGCAGCGAGGCCAUCUCAGUAAAGCCGCUGAGGUACAAGCGCGUGGACAAGGCCUGCAUCUCCAGCCUCUGCGGGAGGAACGGGGUCAUCGAGGACAGCAUCUUCUUCACCCUGGACUCCCUGAAGCUGCCUGAGGGGUACACGCCUCGCAGACACGAUGUCGUCAGCGCGGUGGUGGUGGAGAGCAGCCAGUCAUGCUACGUCUGGAGGGCGCUGUGUCUCACCCCCGUGCACAGAGACGCCACUGCCCCAGGGGUGCUCCCCGAGGAGUCCUAUGGAACCCUCUUACUGAAAAACAAAGGCAACGUUGAAGUGACGAGGAUGACAAACUUUGGAACGCUAAAGGAAGGCGCAAGGAAAGCAAUGGUGAUCUGGAUAGAGAAUAAAGGGGACAUUGCUCAGAAGUUAGUCAGCUGCAAGCUGGCAGGCUGGGAUAAAGCUAAACAAUUCAGAUUCCAAGACCAAGCACGCCCAGCUGUAUCUCUUGUUUCUGUUCCUGAGGAGGCCAAGGAUUUUUCUGAUGAAAGUACUGAGUCGUUCAAAAGCCGCAGCGAAAACAACACCCACCAGCCGCUGAAGGGCAUCGCGGUGAGCAGCGGAGAAGUCUUUCCAGGUGACUGUACCUGUGAAGACAGAGAGAAGGAAAACACUGCCUCAGAGAAGCAGGUGGCAGAUGCUGAGCCUGGGGAGCUUGUCCCCCCAGGGGGGAAAACCUGCAUCAUGGUGGUGUGUGAUGCAAAAAAUCCUGGCCGCUGCAAGGAGCUCCUUUUACUGUGUUUUUCGAAUUUCCUCAUUGGGCGACACCUUGAAGUCAGCGUCGUGAGUGCUGAGGAGUCCCUCAUUGCUGUCCGCGAGCCAUUUUCUUGGAAAAAACCUAAAAGCUGCCAGGCUUUGGCGCCCACAAAGACCACAGUUGUUGUGACCACACAGAAGAGGAACUCAAGACGACAGCUUCCAAGCUUUCUCCCGCAGUACCCGAUACCAGACAGACUUAAAAAGUGCGUGGAGCAGAAGAUUGACGUCCUGACCUUCCAGCCAAUGCUUGCAGAGCUUUUGAACAUGUCAAACUAUAAAGAGAAGUUUUCCACUUUGCUGUGGCUUGAGGAGAUUCAUGCAGAAAUAGAACUGAAAGAAUAUAACAUGAGUGGAGUCACCCUGAAGAGGAAUGGGGACCUGCUGGUGUUGGAGGUCCCAGGGCUGGCAGAGAGCAGGCCUUCCCUGUAUGCAGGUGAUAAGCUGAUUUUAAAAACUCAGGAGUACAAUGGACACGUCAUCGAGUACAUCGGCUACGUGAUUGAGAUUCACGAAGAAGAUGUAACUCUUAAACUGAAUCCAGAAUUUGAACAGACAUACAACUUUGAACCUAUGGAUGUGGAGUUCACGUAUAACAGGACCACGAGCAGACGGUGCCACUUUGCUCUGGAGCAAGUCGUCCACUUGGGUGUCAAAGUGCUGUUCCCAGAAGAAAUCAUCUUACAGUCUCCCCAGGUGACAGUGUGGAACCACAUCCAAGAUGCCAGAGAGGAUGGACAGUUCACCUCCAAGGCCGGUGUGAACACAGAACUGGGCUUUGUCACCACUUUGCUGUAUGGAAAUUUCCAGGAUAGUAAAACCACGAAGGACCAAACUAAGCCUGCAGCAAAGGAGAGGCCUGUGGGCACCGAGAACCAGCCAGGGGCUGCAGAGACGCAUGACGCAGUCGACGAAACUGAGAUUCCCAAAGCAAAAGACACGGAAUUUUUCAACCCCGUGCUCAAUGAGAACCAGCAGCUCGCGGUUCGAAGAAUUCUGAGUGGGGACUGCCGCCCACUCCCGUAUAUUCUCUUUGGCCCUCCUGGCACUGGGAAGACGGUGACGAUCAUCGAGGCUGUGUUACAGGUGCAUCGUGCUCUGGCGGACAGUCGGAUUCUGGUGUGCGCGCCCUCCAACAGUGCCGCGGACCUCGUGUGUUUGCGGCUGCAUGAGAGCAAGGUGCUGCGGCCCGCAGCCAUGGUGAGGGUGAAUGCCACCUGCAGGUUCGAGGAGACGAUCCUCGACGCCAUCAAGCCCUACUGCAAGGACGGGGAAGACAUCUGGAAAGCCUCGCGCUUCAGGGUCAUCAUCACCACCUGCAGCAGUGCUGGCCUCUUCUACCAGAUAGGCGUGAGAAUUGGACAUUUUACCCACGUCUUUGUGGACGAGGCUGGGCAGGCGAGCGAGCCGGAAUGCCUCAUCCCCUUGGGGCUGGUCUCAGACGUCAGUGGUCAGAUCGUGCUUGCCGGGGACCCCAUGCAGCUCGGCCCAGUCAUCAAGUCCCGGCUGGCCAUGGCCUACGGGCUGAACGUGUCCAUGUUGGAAAGGCUCAUGUCCCGGCCAGCAUACCUGAGGGAUGAGAACGCUUUCGGUGCAUGUGGUGCAUACAACCCCUUGUUGGUGACGAAGCUGGUGAAGAACUACAGAUCCCACUCGGCCCUGCUGGCGCUGCCGUCCCGGCUCUUCUACCACAAGGAGCUCGAAGUCUGUGCUGACCCCGCAGUGGUGACCUCUCUGCUGGGCUGGGAGAAACUGCCAAAGAAAGGCUUCCCUCUCAUCUUCCACGGCGUGCGGGGCAACGAGGCCCGUGAAGGAAGAAGCCCCUCGUGGUUCAACCCGGCGGAGGCUGUGCAGGUCAUGCGCUACUGCUGCCUCCUGGCCCGCAGCAUCUCCAGCCCCGUGUCUGCCAGCGACAUCGGCGUCAUCACGCCCUACCGGAAGCAGGUGGAGAAAAUCAAGAUCCUGCUGCGGAACGUUGAUUUGGUGGACAUCAAGGUGGGGUCGGUGGAGGAGUUCCAGGGGCAGGAGUUCCUGGUCAUCGUCAUUUCCACGGUGCGGUCGAGUGAGGACAGAUUUGAGGACGACCGCUACUUCCUGGGUUUCUUGUCCAACUCUAAAAGGUUUAAUGUGGCCAUCACCAGACCGAAGGCCUUGCUGAUAGUGCUGGGAAACCCUCACGUCCUCGUCAGAGAUCCCUGUUUCGGGGCCUUGCUGGAGUACAGCAUCACCAAUGGCGUCUACACAGGGUGCAACUUGCCUCCCGAGCUGCAGGCCCUGCAAACCUGACGGCCCCGCCCAGCGUGCCAGAGCCACGGGGGCCGGACAGGCGGAAGCGGAUUGGAGCUCAGUGUCUGACAACCAGAGGUGUGCCUCACAGCCGGACCCCUGGGCUCUCCACCGCGCUGGGGUCUGGGGUCAUCCCAGUUUCUCUGGCUCCCGCUGCUGAUUUUGGUUCACUCCAGCCUGCUCCUGCCACUGGGCAGUCACUGCCGCCCCCCCACCACCAGAAUAAACCCUCAAUGGCCCCAGCUUCCUUUCCACCUGAAAUGUGCUGUGUCCAUCAUGACCACGGUGGUGUGUGGCCUCCGAUCCCUGCUGGCCACAACCUUUGGGGACAACCUCACUGCCCUCUGUCCUGAGCCGGCUUUGUGCCAGGCAGCCGGCAAGGACUAUAGGCAAGGGGUGGGCGUGCAAAGCGCAGGCUCUGAGAAGCUCUGCUUGGGGAGGGGCUAUCAGCUUGGCUGCUCUGGGCCCCAGUGCUACUGGGCAGGGCCUGUGCAGAGACCCCUUCCCGUCCCCUCUGACCAGAGCAGGUCCGGCCAUGCCCACGCGGACGCCGAGCUCGGAGCUGUGUGGUUCCGUGGCGAGCAGUUCUGUGAAGCAGCUUCCUGUCCUUGGAGGCUGCCGUGUGUGUCGGGAGACAGGACCAGACCCAGAGCUCAGCCACGCGGAGAAGGCUCGGCGGCAAGUCUGGGAACCGGCGUGGCAGGAGGCAGGGCCAUGGCCUGGGCUGGGAGAGGCUGCCCACACGGGCAGACGGCUGGGGAGUGAGGGCCAACCCGAUUCUGCCUGCCGUCCCCACUGUGAGGUGCACUGGCCAGCACGGUCCCCGACACGGCCACGGGCCCACCCCACCCCCAGAUUCACUCCACGGAGGCCUGCACACCUGACUGGGGAGAGGAGGGCGCUUCCUCCCGGCAGGCGCCCCGCUGUAGGCCCCGUGUUCUCAGGAAGGCAGCUGGAGUUGAUGUGCCAAGGGGGUGCGUGCAGGCGCAGGCAGGGCCCCCGGACAGUGGGGUCAUCUGCCCCCAGUGCUGGGAGCCAGGUAGGACGCCACCGGCAGUGGCUGGGCCCUGUCCUCUGGCUGCAGCCAGUGGGACAGCUUCAUGCCCUGCAGCCCCAGCUGGCGAGAGCGCGGCGGUGCCCUGGCUCUGGAGCGUGGCUGCAGCUGUGGUGCUAAGGGAGCCGGCCCCGCUCAGCCCAGGGAGGGGCUCAGUGCUGAGGGGGCAGCCCCUCGGGAGGUGGGAGCUGCCCAUCCUGAGCAGCCUUGCAGUGUCUCUCCCUUGCCCCAUGUCCAGGUGCUGGGUGCGUCCCCACAGGGGCCUGCGCCCCCUCCCACAGCAUCUGCCCCGGGGCACCAGCCCUGCCAAGGUGGAGCACCACACACCCGCUCACUGGCAGGUCCAGGAACAGUGCAGUGGUCGGGCUUGGCUGUGGCCUGACUGAGCAGCCCUGCACGCCAGCUCCCAACAUCUGAUAACCGGGUCAGGCGUUCGGAUCAGAACCGGCCAGGUUUGCCGUGAGGAGCUCUGGUCACGGCAGCAUCCAGGGGCGGCCCCGGGUGGACGUGGGGCGUAUCCCCUGAGGCAGGUGGCCGGGGCCCGUCUUGUCCACACCGGCUUCCCUGCCCCCAGGCGAUUCCUGGCCCCCUGCUGCCCGGGGUGACCGCCCUGCCCCCAGAGCGCGCCUCUGCCACGAAGCUUUUUCAUGAGAUGUCCCACGUGCUCCUGUGCCCAUUGUGGCAGCUGCCCAGCCGUGUGCAGUGUCCACGGCCCCUGGCCCUUCUGUCAGGGACACACAUGCUGAUUCCAGGAGGUCGCUGCCCCGCUCCCCCUGGGAGGCAGGAGUCAGGAGGACUCAGCUUCCUCCCAUGGCGCCUCCGGGGCAACCCCUGCAGAGCAGCAUGGCUGGUGGAGGCUGGGUCCCGGGGGCAGCCUUGAGUCUCAAGGGACGAGGACGAGGGGUGGCCCCACUGGGUCUGGGCCACGCCGAAGCCAGGAGUGGAAUCCUGUCCAGGUCUCCUGCAUGGGUGGCAGGGGCCCUGACACGGGCAUCUUCCAGUGCUCUCCCAGGUGCAUUCGCGGGGAGCUGGACCGGGAGUGGAGCAGCCAGGACUCACUACAGAUUGUGGGGCUUAACCCGCUGUGCCCAGAGCAUGACCUCAUGGCCACUCUUGGCACACACUGAGGGUCCAUGAGGAUUUUGUACUUGUGGGCAGGGUGGAGCACCAAACAGCAGUGGCCACACAGGAAACCCCCCACGUGGGCCCCACGUUCCCGUCACACAGCCAAGCCGUAUCAUGAGUUACGAUGAGGUUACCAAGGUAGCAGUGAGCACUAAACCCAGCUUGGGCUCUGAGCACUGCACCUCCCCGCCGCCCCAGUCGCCCCCGCCCUCUGGCAAAGCUGGCCCGCCCGUCAGCUGGGGGCUGGGAGGACUGGCGUGAGGGUUUGU